UACAGUUAAUCAAACAAUGGAUACAGGGAUCACAGGAUAUAAACGUCUGAAAAAUCCCGAGGAGAAAAAAUUGCAAAUCAAAAAGCGCAAAUUAAUUGACAUUCCUAAUCACAUCAAUGCAUUACUGGUAGAUGGUGUGACUGCAGCCAGGCGUUUGGAGCAUCAUAUGCUUGAAUCAAUAGGAAUUCGAACAGAGCCUGCAUAUAAUGCUCAAGAAGCAAUACAACUUUUAUUGACUGGUGUGAAAUUUGACUUCAUCUUUGUUGAUUUUGAUUUGUCAAUAAUCAAUGGACCUGAGCUGGUGAGGCAAAUGCGUGCAAUGGGGGUACAAAGUAAGGUGGUUGGUAUGUUAACAAACUUCAAUGACCAUAAUGUGCAAAUGUUUCAUGAAGCAAGAGCUAAUGCCAGUAUUCAAAAACCUUUGACCCGAGAAAGUUUUGAAAUCAUCACUGGAAUCCUUCGCUAUAUAUAA